ACUCCAUAGCUACGACGUCUGUUUACACAUACUUUGAACGUUCUGUACUUUUUUUUUCCGUCAAGAUUCCAGUGAAAAUGUACUGUCUGGACAACAUUUUCAGACUUUCUCAAAGGCCGAAACGUCGCCUGUGCCUUCUCCCACAACGCUACAUCAUGGCCCUUCUGCUGUUCUUCGGAGUACUAACCAACUUCACCAUACGUAUAUCUUUUAAACUGGCAUUGAAUCAGUUGGUAGUACCCGCGAACGUCUCACGCUUUACGAACAAAAAUGACAUCUGCUACUAUAACGAAACACAAAAGCAAUCCAGCCCAGUAAAUACUUCAAAGACAAAAAAUCUGUACGACUGGUCAGCAGCAAGUCAAACCUCCAUUGCUAAGGCAUUUUUCUACGGGUACUUUUUCGGGCACUUUCCCGGCGGCUACUUUUCCGACAAAUACGGAGGCAAAAUCGUUUUGUCUUGUUGCACUUUCGUAACGAUCAUUUUAACAGUCUUCACUCCAGUGAUGUUAACCGGUAGUUCGCACGACUACAAUAUCCUGACUGGGCUUCAAGGACUUACAGGUUUCUCAAUUGGAAUGCUUUUUCCUAGUGUCCAUUCGAUUCUAGCGCACUGGACACCAGCUCGCGAUAGAGGAAAACUGAGUAGUAUAGUUUUUUGCGCUACUCAGUUCGCUGUUGUGUUUAGAGAUGCAGUGAGCGUUUCUUUCAUCGUUUAUACAGAUACUUGGAGUUCGCUCUUGUACUUACAGAGUUCCCUAGCAGCAAUCUGGUUGGUAGUUUGGCUAGUUUUUGGACAGGCGACGUACAGAAAUAGUCCAUUGGCCACUGAAAAGGAGUACGCUUAUCUCCAGGAGGAACUUGAGACUUUGCUUGUUGACAAAGUUACAAAAAUACCUUGGAUCGAGAUGUUGUUCUCGAUUCGUCUGUGGGCACUGAUCAUUGCGCAGUUCGGCCAUACGUGGAUGUGGCACGUGAUGAUCAAAGAUCUUCCCAAGUACAUGAUGUCUGUGUUGAAGUUCGACUUAAAGCAGAGUUACUAUAUAGCUGCUGUGCCAUACCUGACGAUGGGUGUUCUAACUCUCUCCACUGGAUUUUUAGUAGACUUCCUAAUCAAUAAGCGAGUGGUGGAAAUUACCACAAACCGCAAGUCCUUCACCACGUUUGGUGCUGUGGGACCAGCCAUAUUCGUGGUGGCAGCAGCUUACGCUGCUUGUGCCAGAAAAACAGCAGUUUUUCUGUUCACGGUCGGUAUGGGUAUGAUGAGUUUUUACUACUCAGGCACCAGAAUCAACACUCUGGAUCUCGCGCCGAACUAUAGUGGCAUAAUAAUGGGUAUAGUCAACGGAAUCGGAGCCCUACCAGGAAUUAUCCUACCGGAAAUCAGGAAAUACUGGACUUUGGAAGACUCUUACAUGGACUGGAUACCUGUUUUUUGGCUACAUUUGGCCAUCCUGUUUGCUACGUGUUUUUUUUUCGCAGUUUUUGGAAGUGGCCGCGUGCAACCAUGGAAUGAUUACGAAGAGGAAGAGAUCGAAGCGGCUGAUUCGAACGCCUCACCCUUUGUAUCCCAGAUACCUGUCGUUGAACCUCCGGUGCCUCAAUAAACACCUUUCAGAAAA